AUGGUGGGCAAAGACAAAGACUCCCAGAUGCAGUUUUUUGUGCGAGAUUUGUCGUGUGCAGACAGACAGCUCUCCUCACUCUCUCUCUCUCUCUCUCUCUCUGCAGAUACUGUCUCGCUGUCUCUCACUCUUGCAGUGUUCAUCAGUGUUACACAUGCAGCGGCUCUGUACAGCAGUAUGGAUGAAUUAACCGAAACAUCAGGGGACGAACUUCAGGAUGUUGACAUUAAGAGUCCUCCAACCGAAAAACAGAAAUGGCACCUGAUGGCACAAAAACUACUCAAGGACGUGAAAACACUGCGAGAUGAACAGUUUGAGAAAGAAUUCAAAGAAAUGGUGAACAUGACUUCAUUUGAAGGUGUGAAAAUCAGCACUCCACACCUCAAAGCCACAGACGGAUGUCUGUCCAGAAACUUCAGCACAGAAAGGUGUCUAGGGCGCAUUUACAGUGUUCUGACCUGGUAUAAAAAUCAUAUGAGUUACAUUGAGAGAGAAAAUCUGACCUCAUCCCUGAUGAACGAUGCCAAAUAUGGGACGAAACGAUUGCUGGGUUCCAUUAACAUCCAGCUCCAGAAGAGAAAUAUACAGGUUGAAGGCAUCUCCAGCCCUCCUCUACCUGUCGGAUCGACAUGGACACGCAAGACGGCCGUGCACUCCAUCCUGAUCAACUUUACCAACGUCAUGACCGUUACAUGCCGAGCGAUCAAUUACAUUCAGAGGAAUGAAGACAGAAAGAGACCCAGUGAGUUCGUCUCCAAGAAGAACUAA